AUGCGUUACACCAUCGCCUCCGUUGCCUUUGCGGCUCUCGCUGCCGCCGCUCCCCAGGCCCCAGCCUCUACCUUAGCUCCGUCUGCCCCAGCUCCCGCCGGCUGCUCACCCAACUACAGCGGUCAGUUUACGAUCUCGGCCGUCAAUGUCACUAAGAGCGGAUCAUCCAAGGCCAAGAGGCAAAGCUCCGAUGACACCACCCUCAUGAUCACCUUGAACAACGGUAUCCUUAAGGACGCCAAGGGUCGCCAGGGAGAGGUUGUCGCCAACCACCAAUUCCAGUUCGACAGCCCACUCCAGGCUGGCGCCCUCUACACUGCUGGCUUCUCCGCCUGCAGCAACGGCUCUCUUGCUCUCGGUGGCUCUGCCAUCUUCUACCAGUGCCUGAGCGGUGGCUUCUACAACCUCUACGAUCAGUCCACAGGAGCUCAGUGCUCGCCCAUCUACCUCGUCAUGUCCGGCGCUGGUUCUACCUCAGGUGUCGCUUCGCAGCAGUCCGACGGCCAGGUCACUGCCACUCCCGUCUCCUCCAGGCCCGUCACUCAGCUCACUGAUGGACAACCCGGUGCCGGCACCAGCGCAACUGCCAAGCCCAUCAGCCAGAUCUCCGACGGACAAAUCCAAGCCUCCACCAAGGCCACUAUCUCCUCCGUCACUGCCCGCCCGAUCAGCCAGAUCUCCGACGGACAGAUCCAGGCUAGCACUUCAGCUCCCAAGCCAACUGUCGCCCCGGUCUCGCAGAUUUCUGACGGACAGAUCCAGGCGCCCAAGCCAACCUCCACUGGCCGUGUGGUCUCCCAGAUGAGCGAUGGCCAGAUCAUUGCUUCCAAGACCAACGGCACUGUCGCCUCCCCAACCGCAUCCGUGGUCGCUUACACCGGCGCUGCCGUCCCCAACGCCGUCAGCGGUGGCCUCCUCGGCAUGGGCGCUCUUUUCGCCUUUGCCCUCCUCUAA